GCGCAGGGAUCAAACUCUGCAGAGUUCAAUGGGACCCGCUCGGAAACAAAGUGCCGGUAGGAUCCCAGCCCCACCGCCACAGCCCGACGGAUCCCGGGACUCCCCCUCCGGCAAGUCGUGCGGGGAUCGCAGCUUCCCUGCAGACCAGGAGGGAGCUUCCUGCCGCAAGACCCUUGGCGACGACGAGGGUCCACCCCGGAGCAGCCGGCCACACGACGGGACGCGCCCUGCCGAGGAACCUGCAGCCGCGUCGCCGGGGGGAGACGGGGGCUGGGACGCUUGGGGGGGGGGGGUGUCUUCCUCUCCGGCGGCCAACGAUGCGGCUCUGGGCCAGGCAAUUUUCGAACGGAUCAAUGAAAACAAAACGAUGACAAGUUGUGGUCUACAGUCCUUGAAUACACUGAUGAUUGUAUUUUCUGUGCUUCUACCAACAGCGCUGUCUGCACAUUUUCGAGUCUGUGAGCCAUAUACAGACUACAAGGGCCGUGAACAUUUUGGAUUCCACUGCCCACGCCUUUCUGACAAUAAAACGUACAUCUUUUGCUGUCACCAUAACAACACCGUGUUUAAAUACUGCUGUAAUGAGACGGAGUUUCAGACUGUUAUGCAGAUGAACCUAACGGUGAGCGCAGAUGGAUACAUGCAUAAUAAUUACAGUGCAUUGUUAGGAGUGUGGAUCUAUGGGUUUUUUGUUGUGGUCUUGCUGGUACUAGACCUUUUAUAUUACUCUUCAAUGAACUAUGACAUUUGCAAACUGUACCUAGCAAGAUGGGGAAUCCAGGGAAAAUGGAUGAAGCCGGAACCAAGCCGGUGGAUUAAACCUUCUCAGGACCCAAGACAAGUACAGCCUCAGCCUCAAUCUCAGCUUCAAGCAUCACAAGUUGUCCAUGCAUUCAAAGGAGAAGCUUUAAAUCCAUCACUGAUGUCUUUUCCGAGUUCUACAGCCUGUGCUAAACGGGGAUCCUGUGUUAGGAUCAGCCAUUCAGGGUGGACACACCACCAGCCCGUGUCUCCUGAGAAGACCACCCCUAGGAGCAGCAUGUAUCCUGCAGUGAAGUAUCAAGAUUCCCAGUUUAAGACAUUGCGAAGCCGCCAGGAUGCCCCACGUUGCCCUGGUGUGGGGGCUGACAACACCUCUACCACAAAAACAUAUUUUGACGUGCCUCAGGAUGGGAGAGCCAAGAUCACAGUCCAAGAAGAGCAUCUUCCAAAGGGAGAGAAAGACGCCAUUUGACUGGGUGACUAAGGAAACUCAAACAAGACGGCAGUUUUUCUAAUCGUCUGGGGAGAACCACCACUGUGUCUGUUUGCAAUAUGAAGAAACUUCAGUGAGGAACCAGACUGCAAGCAAUACCUUCGAGACAGAGACCAACUUGUACAAAAGGAGACAAACGUAUUGGAGGGAACACCUGUAGCAGUGGAACCAAGUUACUCCAGUAGGAAUCCAAGUUGAACUGGCCACGGACUACAGUAUAAACCUUUGGUAGAUAUUCUUUCUUUGCGUCACCUAUCCAUUAAAUUUACCGUUUGAGCCCAGCCUCCUAACAAAAAUAAAUGCAACUUUUCACAAAA